UAUGUUGGUGUUUUGGGAAAUUGUUGAACGCGUAUUGCUUGUAGGAGCGUUCCUAUUGAACUUGCAGGAUAGUUGUAGUAGGCUGCAGCCACCGUGGUACUCCCAGUCAAUACUGGAAGUCAAAACCUCUUCUGAGUUGGACUGGCUUAUGCUUUCUGUUACCGUGUUCAUUUGAAAAAUGAAUUCCCCAUGGAUCCCAUGCUGCCUAGGUCUACUGUUGUUGUUUGACGUGUGCUAUGCCUUGAAUGGUGACAAAAGGCCGAAUUUUGUCCUGAUGAUGGUCGAUGACUUGGGGAUUGGAGACUUGGGCUGCUAUAGGAACACUACCUUGCAGACCCCCAACAUCGACAUGCUGGCUCAGGAGGGGGUGAGGCUGACGCAGCACAUCGCUGCUGCCCCCCUCUGUACGCCCAGCAGGGCAGCCUUCCUGACGGGCCGGUACCCAAUACGAUCUGGUAUGGCCGGCCUUGGACAGUUAGGGGUCUAUAUCAUCUCUGCUGCAUCUGGCGGUCUUCCCAGUGAAGAAGUCACCUUUGCCAAGGUGGCCAAACAACAGGGCUACGAGACUGCUCUGAUAGGAAAAUGGCACCUUGGUCUUAACUGUGAGAGAAACGACGACUUCUGUCACCACCCCAGUGCUCACGGCUUCGACCACUUCUACGGUAUAACCCUGACCAACCUACGUGACUGUCAGCCCGGCCACGGCUCCAUCUUUACCAAUGUCCAAGCACACAUACCCUUCAAGACCCUGGGAGUGGUUGUGGCUACCGUGACCCUCCUGCAUGCGAGGGGUGUGCUCACCGUGCAGAGGAAGUUGGUGCUGAGCGUGGUGGCGUUGGUGGGCGCGGCGGCGGCUAUCUUUGGCACAUUCGUCGCCACAUUCCCCUACUUCAACUGCUUUCUGAUGAGGAACCGGGAAGUGGUGGAGCAGCCGUAUGUCUCGGAGAACCUGACCCAGAGAAUGACAGAUGAAGCAGUGGACUUUUUAGAAAGGAACUCUGCACUACCCUUCCUGUUGUUCUUCUCCUUCAUCCAAGUGCACACGGCCAUGUUUGCAUCGCCAGCCUUCCAGGGGACCAGUCAGCACGGUAUUUAUGGAGACGCCGUCCACGAAGUAGACUGGAGUGUAGGUCAGCUCAUGCAGACUCUGGACCGGUUGAACCUGAGGGAGAACACACUGGUUUACCUGACCUCAGACCAGGGGGCGCACCUUGAGGAGAUCUCAGUCGGGGGGGAGGUGCACAGAGGCUGGAACGGGAUAUACAAAGCCGGGAAAUCCACCAAUUGGGAGGGGGGGAUCCGAGUUCCAGGACUGCUCCGUUGGACUGGGAUGUUACCUGCAGGGAAAGACAUUGAUGAACCCACCAGCAACAUGGACAUCUUCCCUACUGUGGUGAAGCUAGCCGGAGGGACGGCACUGGGAGACAGAGUGAUAGACGGUCAUGACCUCAUGCCCCUGCUGCAGGGGAAAGUUGAGAGAUCAAAGCACGAGUUUCUCUUCCAUUACUGUAACGCCUACCUCAACGCUGUCAGGUGGCAGCCUCCCAACAGUUAUUCAAUAUGGAAGUUGUUCUUUUUCACUCCGGACUUCUACCCCGAGAACGGGACAGCCUGCAUGCAUACCCACGCCUGUUUCUGCACCACAUCCUACGUGACCUACCACAACCCCCCUUUGCUCUUUGACCUCUCCCGCGACCCCUCGGAGACCACGCCCCUGACCCCAGACACGGAACCUGCCUUCCACUCGGUCCUGGAGGAGAUCCGGGCUGCGGUGGCUCUCCAUAAGGAGUCCAUCACCCCCGUUCAGGACCAGCUCGCCCCGGGACACCUCCUAUGGAAGCCUUGGCUGCAGCCCUGCUGCUCCUCCCUGUCCCAGCUCUGCAGGUGUGAGAGAGAUAGUGGGAGACACGGCCACCGGAGCACUGCGGUGGCAGAUGCAGACUUUCCACAGGACCAGCACAUCAUUGCUUAACACUGCGGGGAGGGUAACGUAGGAACCCAGAACCAAUCUUUUAGUAUGUAUGUAAACAAUCUGUGACGAGACAAACGGCAGGGAAAAUACCCCCAUUUUAAAAUUUUUAUUUCACCUUUAUUUAACCAGGUAGGCCGUUUGAGAACAAGUUCUCAUUUAGAACUGCGACCUGGCAUUUUAACUGGGCUUGGGGGUAGAAGUGACCUGGAUCUACUUGACGUGUGUAUGUGACCUCACUGGGUGAUCUGUAAUAAGACAUUUUAGUAUUUGGCCUCUCAGGAACACAUCCAGUAAAAUAUACAGUAAAUUGUGUUGCCUACGCUUGCUCCCUGAGGGGUUUAUGCAGUUGCUGUUAUUUUGGACUAAAAUGUAUUUUACAGCACUUUGUGACAAAUGUAUUUGUAAAAAAACUAAAAGCGCAAUAUGAAUCAAAUGUGAUUGUUGAGGCCAGUCCUCAUAAAGUAAAGAGAGUGUGUAUAUAUAUAUAUAUGGAGAAACCACAUUGUACAGGAGAGGAGAGCAACUCGAUGCACUGAUUAGCACAAGGUCCAACUCAAGUUGGAGCAUUUCUGGUCUUAUUCUCCGGGGCACUACAACAACCCUGUGUUACCCUUGUAGGGUACCGGUGAUCAUUUAAUCACUGUUCAUCAUUUAGACUCUACAGGGUCUCUGUAAAAGGCAUCUGCACAUCCAAGAAGCAAUGAAAACUGAGUGGACAACCAACACGGAAAGACAUGGCUGUAUUACCAAAUCGAGCUGUAUUAAGAUGUUCAGCAGCGCUUGCGUGUCUAAUGCCAGCAGUCAGUACAGAGUCAGCCAGAGUCCCUGAGUCACACACAGCUCAUCCCCCAGUGGCCACAGCCAGCAGUAAAUCUUCAUCACCCAGACUAGCUUUAAGCUUAGCUCUUCAUUUGAUCUCAGAUUUCAGUGACAUUUAGUUAAUAUGUAUCUUAUUCUCCCUUUAACUCCUAUAUCCAGCAGUCUAUUUGUCACAGACUACCAUUAGCAAAUCUCUGAAUAUUAAGGAGUGCUCUCUCUCUCCCCUGUUUAGUCAUUUAUAUGAUGGAUGCUGAAUGCUGAUUUAUUUUUGCGCGUUCCCACACACCCACUAUGCGUUGCAUUUUAUACCAUGUGUUAUUUUGUUACCACGUGUUAAUUUGUUUCAACACAUUUUUCUGAUGUAAAUGAAUAAUGAUCUGAUUUGUGGGGUACCAGCUACAACAGCACUACUGAUGCUACCAAUAACUACCAGCACCCACUACAGGACUACAGCCACGAUCACUAUAACUGAGAUUGAUAUUCAACUUGACUGGUAUUCUGACAAUGUGUAUAAAUCAAAUUAUUUUCCUCCA